AUGGAAGGGAAAUCUGAUCGGUCGCGGCCCGACGAGUUCAAGAAUUCCACCGUACCACCCGUCCCGCAUGCGGCCACUGACGACGUCUGCCCUUUUUGUUAUCUGGAUGCAGGAACCUGGAGUAGUCACUACGACAGCAAUUCCGACUACGACAGCGGUUGCGAUUACUACUACUAUGGCUGCCGAGACCACGACGACGGCGGGAUG